AUGUUGAAGAAUUUACCAAGAAUGGUCACUUCAUUCUCUGCCAACUCCCCCAACAUUGCCACAAACAAGGUAACAGAAGGAGAUAGCAGCUACAGAGAAGAAUCUGUUAUGGAGAAAAGUAGCAGAGCGGAUGAAAAGAAAAUAGGAGGAGCGAAAGUUGCAAGCCUCUUGCUAGUGAAUCAAGCACUAGCUACACUAGCCUUCUUUGGAGUUGGAGUGAAUUUGGUUCUGUUCCUGACCAGGGUUCUUGGUCAAGACAAUGUCAAUGCUGCUAAUAAUGUCAGCAAGUGGAUAGGAACUGUUUAUAUGUUCUCUUUGAUUGGAGCAUUUCUGAGUGAUUCAUACUGGGGUCGAUACUUAACCUGCACGGUCUUUCAGCUUGUUUUCGUUCUGGGUUUAGCACUGUCCUCAUUGUCAUCUUGGCGUUUCUUGAUCAACCCAGCUGGUUGUGGAGAUGGCAAUACUCCUUGUAAACCUUCAUCAAUAGGAGACGACAUUUUCUACUUGUCCAUAUAUCUAGUUGCAUUUGGUUAUGGGGGGCACCAACCUACUUUAGCAACAUUUGGUGCGGACCAAUAUGAUGAGAAAAAUCCAAAAGAGAGGAGUGCUAAAGUAGAUUUCUUCUGCUACUUUUACUUUGCCCUUAAUGUUGGUUCUUUGUUCUCCAACACUGUGUUAGUCUACUAUGAGGAUACAGGAAAGUGGACAAUGGGUUUCUUGGUAUCAUUGGUCUCUGCUGUCAUAGCCUUUCUGGCUUUCUUACUGGGAACUCCAAGAUAUAGGUAUGUAAAACCAUGUGGAAACCCAGUGGUGAGGGUUGCUCAGGUAUUUACUGUCGUUUUUAGGAAAUGGAAGGUCGCUCCAGCAAAGGCAGAAGAACUUUUUGAGGUCGAUGGUCCACAAUCUGCUAUAAAAGGCAGCAGAAAGAUUCUGCACACAGAUGAUUUUGAAUUCAUGGACAAGGCAGCAACAAUUAAAGAGAACGAGGAGCAUAGUUCAAAAAAUCCAUGGCGGCUAUGCACUGUGACUCAAGUGGAGGAAGCCAAAUGCGUGUUAAGAAUGUUACCGGUUUGGCUAUGCACCAUUAUUUACUCAGUAGUGUUUACACAAAUGGCUUCUCUUUUUGUUGAGCAAGGGGAUGUGAUGAACUCCUACAUAGGAAGUUUUCAUUUGCCAGCAGCGAGCAUGUCUGCGUUUGACAUCUGCAGUGUCCUUGUAUGCACUGGAAUUUAUCGCCAAAUCCUAGUUCCAUUAGCUGGAAAACUAAGUGGUAAUCCAAAGGGACUGAGUGAGCUUCAAAGAAUGGGAAUUGGCCUAAUUAUUGGUAUGUUGGCAAUGGUAGCAUCUGGUGCCACAGAGAUUGCAAGACUCAAACGUAUUAUUCAUGGCCAAAAGACUAGUUCCUUAAGCAUAUUUUGGCAAAUCCCACAGUAUGUUUUGGUUGGUGCUUCAGAAGUUUUUAUGUAUGUUGGUCAAUUGGAGUUCUUUAAUGGCCAAGCCCCUGAUGGCAUAAAAAGCUUUGGGAGCUCACUUUGCAUGGCUUCAAUUUCUCUUGGAAACUAUGUAAGCAGCAUGCUGGUGAACAUGGUUAUGAUAAUCACAGCAAGGGGCCAAAAUAAAGGUUGGAUUCCAGAGAACUUGAACGCAGGGCACAUGGAUAGGUUCUUCUUUCUGCUUGCAGGGCUAGCUGCCUUUGACUUUGUGCUAUACUUGUUAUGUGCCAAGUGGUACAAGAGCAUCAAUGUUGAAGAUAGUGACAUGGGAGACCAAGAGGAGGAGGAUGUAAAUAGCAAAGUUUGA